AUGAAUUUUCGACGUUCUCGCAUCGCUCAUUGGGUGACACGACCCACCGCGUCAUGUCGUUGCAAUUCAUCUCUUCCUCCUGGAGUGGCAUUGAAAUAUGCUGAGAAACUAAAAGCUCGAAUGGAAAGUGAAGGUGUAAAUAACCUGAGUGAGCUCAAAACCAAGCUGGGACCGAAACCUGUGGAGUUUGUGGGGGAAUUGGCAGGGAAGAAAUCUGAGUCUGCCACACCUUCCGCUUCUUACUCUCAGCUGCGGGAGAAAGUACGCUCGAAUCUCGGAAGGAAGGAUAGUUCGCCUAUCAAGGCGAGUCCGCUAUCCACCCUACUUAACAUCCCAAAACUCUUACAAACACCCCAUACCCUAGAGCAGGUGUCUGCUCUCUGGAAUUUUUACCAUGCCUCACGAUCAGAAGGAACAGGAAUCGGGUUCCUCUCUGCCUCUGUCCCCCUAGGUAAAUACGAAGCUAUAAUCGAGCGCGCCAGGAAAUACCCUACGUUCCUGUUGCCCCUGGCAAGAAGGACAACAAACACGGGGGAAGAUGCAACGGGUGGGGAGCAAGAGUUUGGGACUGAAUUUUUCUUCCUCGAAUGGGGAUUUCACCCUCCCCCUCCCCCUCCAUCCUCGAUUGAUCCUGUUGAAGCACUUAUGAAUUCACCGGACUCAGAUUCUCCCCCCGCCUCUCUACCUAUGCGCCUACCUCCUAUCACCACGGUGUUGUUCACCACGCUGCAAGAAUACAAGCUUCACGGAUCAUUUGCUCAACCGCGUCUCGUUUUAACACAUUAUCCCGACCUCUCUCACACACACGGCACCGUCCUUUUGCGUGGGGAGAUCACGAAAUCGCCAUCAGGGGGAUAUCUGCUCAGUCAGAUGGACGCGCAGUUAUUAGCGAUGGGUUUGCAGCGGUUUUACCUCCCCGCUGAAGGAGCCGCAGGACAAGAGGCGUUCAGCCUCUUGAAACUCUUCCAUGAAGAUCCAAGCAAGUUCAACUAUGAGCAGCUAAUGAAGUAUGAAGAUGUGGGACUUGGUUCAUAA